AUGUCGCGGGUGGGAAGGGAGCGGGGUGAGGAUGAGGAUGAGGAUGAGGAUGAGGAUGAGGAUGAGGCGGGCGCUGCCUGGAGCCGCAGUGACUCCUUGUGCCUCUAUGCGGCUGGGCUGGAGAAAGCGGGUCUGGCCGUGUGGGGCGGCGCUGGCCCCUGGCCCGCCGGGCUGAGGAGGCCGCUGUGGGUGCGGGCGGGCGGGCGCCUGUCUGAGGGAAGGGGCCCGGAGGCCUUUGCAGCCGGAGAAGGUCACGAAGCUUUCGUGGCUGAGUUUUCUGUGGUGGCUUCACACAGGAGCAGCAGGGAGCGAGAACCGGGGCGGGCAGCCAGAGCUUCGGGAGCGGUCACCUCAUGCACACUGAGACAGAGCCGUGGAUCGGCAGUGCAGGGGCAUGGCCUCUGUCACAGGUGUAGAUGGUGUAGAAACCCUCAUAAAGAGGAUGUAAAAACUCCUUGUUGCUUAUUUCUUUCACCAGGGUUCAUCUCCACGCCCGCUGUUCCUCGGCUGACGCCAGAGGAGGUGAUCCGGAUGCGUAACGAGCUCUUCACCAAAGAGAAAGAGCGGCAGUUGUCUCUCCAUCCCCGAAUUGAGAAAAUCGAAGUAAAAUACACGGGGAAGUCUCACCCUGGCACUGUGUUUGUCAUGAACAAAGCUUUGUCUACUCCCUACAACUGCGCCAUGCACUUAAGUGAAUGGCACUGCAAGAAAUCUGUUCUAGCUCUUGUGGAUGGUGAAGUCUGGGAUAUGUAUAGACCCUUGACCAAAUCAUGUGAAAUUCGGUUCCUUACUUUCAAAGAUGAAGAUCCGGAGGAAGUAAACAAGGCCUAUUGGCGUUCCUGUGCCAUGAUCAUGGCGUGUGUGUUAAAACGAGCAUUCAAAGAUGAGUACUCAGUGAAUCUGAUUAAAGCUCCAGAAGUGCCAGUGAUCUCUGGAGCUUUCUGCUAUGAUGUAAUUUUGGACAACAGACUGAAUGACUGGAAACCAACAAACGACGACUUCCGUUCUCUUACAAGGGAUGCUGGAAAGCUAAUUCAUAAAGACCUGCCCUUUGAAACACUACAUGUUGAAGCAAAAGUAGCACGUGAAAUGUUUCAACAUAACAGAUACAAAAUGGAGAUGAUAGAACGAAAAGCUUCUCAGAAUGUGGAAGGAAUUGUAACGUUACAUAGGUUUGGUGACUUUGUAGAUGUUAGUGAAGGCCCUCAUAUUCCAAGGACAAGUUUCUGUUUCCAGUAUGAGAUAACAGCAGCCCAUAAUCUUCAGACGAACCAAUCUGAAUUGAUAAGGAGGUUCCAGGGUGUGUCCCUGCCAGUCCAUUUGAAGGCUCACCACACUGUGUGGCACAAGCUGCUGGAAAGAUCAAAGAGGCUGGGCACUGAAGGGAAGUAUUUGGAAGCAGCAGCAGAAGAAGGAAGCAGUCAUGAGGCAAAAGAUGUCACUGAAGAAGGAAAAACUGCAUCAGUUUAAGCUCCAAAUGUACAUAAUAAAAUGUGUAUUUUUACAUGACUUAUUUGUGCUGCAUAUAAAAAUGUCUCGGCUAAUUAAUUUGAAAUCUGUGGACCUAAAUCAUGAUAGAUAAAAAGCUGUUACCAGACAUGUCAGUCCAUUUAUAAAAUUUCACUUUUAAAGAAAAAGAGAGCAGGAGAGGGGAGAAGAUAAUGUUUUGUUUGGUGUAACUCAUCUUGUAAGUUACCUUAUCUUGACAACAAUUGUAUGUAUCCAUAUGUUGUCCUCUGUGGUUAGUGCAAUUUGGCCUAAAGACUGUAGUUGAAUUGGCAGCUGGAAAGGCCAUCCCCUUUAUCUUGAUAUAAUAUCAAGACCCUUUGUUUGGUCUUCCAUGAAGAAAGUAUUUCUUUCUAAUUUCUGACCUGAUGCGUUUUGCUUCUUGCUGGAACUUCUGGUGAAAUUCCGCUGAGUUCUUUUCCUAGUGCAAUAAAAAGCUGAGACAAAUAGUAUCUUAAAAAAAACCCAAAAAACUCAUAAAGGGUUGCAAAAGAUUAUUAUUUUACUCAUUUUGUUUUCCUGUCAGAAUUGAAAUUGGAUAAUCCAUUGUGUUUCUGGUUCAAAAGACUCCAUUCAGUGGACAACUGUGUAAUUGCUUUACUAAUACAAAAAUAACAGAAUGUAAAAGCUGAAAAGUUCUUUGAGUUUAACAUUUUCUGCAGUUAAACAUAAUUUUCCAGAAUAGUACCAGGAAUAUGGUCUGUUACUUGCAUCCCCAGUGUAGUAAGAUUUAUUAUGCAUUUUCAUUCUUUGAUAUUUAAAUAUGGUGACUUCAAUUAAAUUUCACAAGGGGCUUUUGUUAGAUGAUGUUUUCUGACAUUUUGAAUUUUCAUCCCUAGCUCAUUAGAGCUGUUCUCAUUAUACCAGAAGAGAUUUUUGUUACUUUUUGAAGUGCAAAUAUUUUCUCUGAAUUUUAUCCCAAUUACUAUUUUUACCAUAACUGCUUCACUUGCUUUCUAACUAAUUGACACCAUAGUUCUGUAAGAGCAGGGUAGCAGUUCAGUAAAAUCUGUUUAGGUAAGGAAGCCUUUCCUGGCUUAAUCGAACUAAAUGCUGAAUGUGUCAAAGCACAGAAGAACAACUGCAACUGGUAAAAGUGACUUCUGGUGAAAUUGCA